AUGGAAGUUCAAAACGAAAUUGAUUUGAUUCAGCUGUGCGAACGAAAUCCAGAGCUUGCAAACAGCAUCGCUGUUGAUGUAUCUGCACAUCCUGAUGUAUACAGGAAGACUCUCAAGAACAUUCCAUGUGCAUUAUUUUCAAGUAGAGCAUUGAAUAGUAAAAACAUCAAUAAAAUAGUUACUGUAGAAGGGACAGUAAUCAAGGUUUAUGAGGUUCUUAUAAGAAAUGUUUCUAAUGAAAUGGUUUGUCUGAAAUGUAAUUCAAAAACAUAUGCAAAGCUGUCUGGGAAUAAAAAGCAAAAAACAUCCUGUGAUUCAUGCGGAUCCUCUGUUGUCAAAGACAAAAGAAGCUUUGGAGAGCCUAUACCCAGUCAGAGAAUAAGACUACAAGACAUUGGAAACUCUGAGUCGAUGUCUGAGACACUGGAGAUCGUUCUUGAAAAGGAGCUCGCAGGUAAGUUUUAUCCUGGAGACAAAUUGUUAAUAACUGGCGUGAUACUUACAAAAUGGAAAAUAUUUAGAGCAGGAGAGCAAAUGCUUGGAUCGAUGUAUAUGCAUGCAUUAGACGUGUACAAGCAUAAAGAAGAGUCUAUGAAUGAUUUGUUCAGUAGAAACUGCAUUCUAAAACUGGAGGAGCUCGAUCGUUUUGAAAGACGACUUUUUUUAAUAAGGUCAUUUGCUGAGGAGAUUGAGGGAUUUGAGAAUGUUAAACUAGGACUGCUUUUAGCAUUGAUCAGUGGCAGUGGAAAGCCUGAUGGCAAAUCUACACGCAGUAAUACACAUGUUCUUCUGGUUGGAGAUGCAGGGAUGGGCAAGUCUCACAUGCUAAAGACAUGCAUUCGCCUUGUGUCGCCUGCUGUCCUUAUUAAUGGUACAGGAACAACUCAAGCAGGUCUUACUACGUGUGCAGUCAAACAAGGGAAGGAAUGGACAUUAGAAGCAGGUGCUCUGGUGCUUGCAGACACAGGCAUAUGCUGUAUCGAUGAAUUCAACAAACUCAGGCUGAACGAGAAGAAUGGAUUACUUGAAGCAAUGGAGCAGCAAACACUCAGUAUAGCAAAAGCAGGAAUGGUGUCAUCCUUGAACACAAGGUGUUCUGUUAUUGCAUCGGCAGGCACGAAGUAUCGCUACGAUUUGAACAAAAGUGUUUCUGAAAACACGACAAUCACAACACCGUUAAUCAGUAGAUUUGAUCUGAUUUUUGGAAUGUUUGAUGGCAAAAAUGAAGAAUUCGACACACUUGUUGCAGAAAAGAUCUUGAGCAGAAAGUCAGGUAUUGAUAGUGUAGAUAAAGGCGAAAUGACUUAUUGGAUUGGAACAAUGCUUCGGAAUUACAUAUCAAUGGUCAGAAAACAAAAUAAUGUGAUUUCUGAGGAUCUGAAUGAAAUCCUGCUUGGUUAUUAUCACUACAAAAGAAGAACCGAUGGAAUUAACGAAUUCAACACAAUUAGAAUGUUGGAGAGUCUUGUUAGGCUUACUGAGGCACACUCAAAGCUUAUGAACUCUGAGUGCACAUCUGAGGACGAUGCAUAUGCGGUAAUUCUUCUGCUGGAGGCCUCAUUAGGCUCAAAGCCUCUUGCAAACAUCAAUAUAAAGAAAAUGUUUUUAGACGAGACUUGCUACAAUAAUGCGAUUUAUGCAGUCAAAGAAGUGAUAAAAAUCAAUGGUAAAACAAGACAUUCAAAGUAA